UAUCCAAAAUCCUAAAAGUCUCUUAUUCUUCCAAACCUGAAAGGGCACUCCUUUGAAGAUAAAAAAGAAAAGAAAAACAGAGAGAGAGAGAGAGAGAGAGAGUGAAAUAGCAGGAGCUUGGAUUGGAGAGGCUUUUCUCACCAUUUCUGUUGUCGUUCCCUAGAGAUGGCCUACCCAGUACCCACUAAGUUGAAAUUACUUGAAAUAACAAAUUGCAGGAAAUUAGAAUUUCUAGCCCAUGAGAUGAUACCGAAAUUUGCCGAGCUUGAAACUCUAAAUAUAUCUUGUAGCUGUGAUUCACUAAGGUCCUUCCCGUUGGGCCUUUUUCCCGAACUGAGGGAUCUUUCAAUCCGGAGCUGUGUGAAUCUUGAAUCUCUUUCCUUUGAAGCAGUUGAUGGAAAAAUCAGCCAUCUCAAAUCCCUUUCAGUCUUCGGAUGCAAAAAUUUGAGGUCAUUUCCCAUACAACUCCACGCCUUCAUUGAGCUUCGGGAAUUAAGAAUAUCCGCUCUUCCAAACCUUGAGUCAGUUGCAGAAGGGGGUUUGCCUCUCAAUUUAAAAGUGUUUGAAGUCUGUUAUUGUGAUAAACUCAAGCAUUCAGAAAAGUGGAAAUUGGAACAAAGCUUUCUUCGACAGUUUUCAAUUGGUGGGAGGGGAAGCGAGGAUCUCUUCGGGACGUUGCUGGAGGAGAAGCGGCUCCCUACUACUCUUAACAAUCUCUACAUCUAUGGAUUACCUAGUCUUAAAUCUUUAGACGGGAAAGGACUUCAGCACCUUACUUCUCUAAAGAGGCUACAAAUUCAUUGUUGUGAUAAUCUCGAAUUCCUUCCAAAAGAGGGGUUGCCAAUAUCUCUUUCUUUUCUAAGCAUCGAACGGUGUUCUUCCCUGAAGAAAAGGUAUCAGAAUAAAAGAGGGGACGACUGGUCCAAGAUAGCUGGCAUUCCUUGCAUACAGAUUGAUGGGAAAGUGAUGAAAUGAGCUUCUGGAGUCCGUUUCGGUUCUCAUUUCUGCAAAUCAAAGUCAGAGAACCGUGAAACUGUGCAAAGUUAGUGGUCCUUAAAUGGUGGUCAGGGAUGAGUAUGAUUCUGCGGCCUGCAUGGGAAGAGUAAACUCGGUCCUUCGAUGUGAUUUUCCCUCAUACUGUUGCUAUUUUCUGGUUGGUGUUGGUGUAGACAUGUUUUCCUGCAAACCUAUCAGUUGAAGAUUGCACCCCGGCACGUCGGCAAGUUUAAUUUACAUUUUGUUUUCCAUUUUCAUCAUUAUUUAAAUCGCUUCGUUGAGCAUGUGAAUCCCACAUUAGGAAAUUAAACCUUGUAUAAUGGUUUAAAUGAUUUUGGACCUCUCCACUUAUUGCUAA